UAAUCACGGAAGGCUCUCCAGGAGGGAGGAUGGAACCAUUGCAAGACCAAGACCAAACUGAUCGUGAUGUUGGUCUACUUCUGACAGAAGUUUUAGACGAAAUAGAUAGAGGCCCACAACAGGGGCGACACCCCACUUCUACAUCUUCCACACAACACAACUAUUAUCAGUGUCCAGUGUCCCAGACUAACAUCUCUAAUGCCUCUAAUGUUUCUGUUGGGGAUCUGGCACACAGGGGUUGUCUCUCACAGGAAAACCUCACAACAAGGAUAGACAAUCUGAAAAAGGAAUUUAUUCACGUCCAUGCUCUAGAAGUGGCAGAGGAGUUGCUGAAAAAGAACAGACAUAUUGCCAUCAACGGAGCUCCAGGGGAUGGGAAAACCAGCAUCGCUUUAAUGCUUUGUGAUACAUAUCUAAAGAAAAGUCAUAGCGUAUUGUUCGUAGAAAACGUUGACCACUUUGAUGUUAACCUGAUCAUCAAAAGGAACAAUGAUAUGCUUGUUGUCUUUGACGACAUGUUUGGUUCUGUUACAUUACCGUCAAGUUUAGAAGCUAUCCACAAAGUGUUCAGCGCCCUGGUUGAAUCUCUGUGUGUCUUGAGUGUGUCACAACCAGAUAAAAUUACUUCAGGACAGACAUUCAAGCUUCACUUUCUUUUCACAUCACGAACCAACAACUGGAAUGAGGGAUGUUCAAGACUGCAUCAGUUCAAAGGCAGCCUCUUCAGUUCACAAGUUGUCGUUGAUUUGACAAAAACAGGCCUUUCAGAAAAAGAAAAGGAAUCCAUUCUCACAUCCUUCAUGAGGGGAAAUUCACAUUUCGACAUUUCUCAGGAGGAUAUGAAAGCUAUUACACAGAUACAAAACAGCAUGUUUGGAUUCCCAUUGACCUGUAGACUGUACGUCCAGAACACAGUCUUCCACAUGAAGACUCGAGACUUUUUCCAGCACCCUGUGACCUACUUGAGAGGCGACCUUGACAACAUUGUCAGAGAACAGAGUAGCAGAUCAUUUGCUCUUAUUCUUCUCAUCCUGUGUGGUGGGAAACUGGACCUUGUUUCCUUUCAACUAGGAACUAGAGGAGCCUACACCGCCCUGUUUCAUGCUGUACAGGAGGUGGUGCCAUUGUGUACUCCAACGGACAUUGGUAACGAAAUCAGAAAUUUCAUUGGCUCCUACUGUAGAGUGGAGAAUAAUGUAGCUUCCUUCUCACAUCCAUCCAUCUAUGAUGCGGCAGCAUGUGCCCUUGGUCAGAAUGAAGUUCUGAAAGAACUUGUGCGGCUAGGAGCAAAUCUCAGUCUCACCGACAACAAAGGAUUUACUCAACAACUGACUACCCCACCAAUAACACUGGGAAAUACACAGGACAUGGACCAGUCAAGCCAGUUGAACAUAUCGGGAUCUCAGAGUCAGGUCAGUGUUGAUCCGAAUAGUACUAGCUGGGUCAAGACAUUGUUUGAUCAGAUGCGUCACCUGGCUAGCAUGGUACACUAUGUACAGCAGAAAGUGCAGCGAGUAGACAGCAUUGAUGAUAAACUCACAAUGAUUGAUGGUAAACUGACCUUGCUUGAAAAUAACCUGCAGCAGACCAUCACAAGGGGAACGAUCGGUAGGGAUGUGGAUGAUAUAUAUUACGAUGUAGACUCCCCAUACCAACAACAGAGGGAUAUGAAAGAGGCUGUAGUGGAUCUCAAAGUGAGCUUAAUGAGAGACAACCUCCUGUUUCAUGGUAUACCAGAAAUGAUUGGUGAAGAGCCGAAAGAUAUCAUAAAGGACUUCGUUAAGCGGAAGAUGAAGUGUAACACAGAGAUUAACCUUGUGAGAGUUCAUAGAAUGGGACCACGAGAUGGAACGUUCUAA